AUGGAUGCUAUUUGGAAAUCGUGUUUUGAGUUGAACAAUGAGAUGAUUAUCACAGCCGACGGUCGUCGUGUUUUCCCCACUUUGGAGUACGAUAUCAAAGGAUUAGACCCACUGAAAUACUACUCAAUGUACAUGCAUUUCGAUUUCGUCGACGACAUGAAGUAUAGAUUCAUCAAUGGAAACUGGACAGAAUCUCCGUCAACUGAAGAGAAAGGAGUUCCACGGCGAGUAGUUCAUCAUCAUGGACUACAACUUGGUCAGAAUUGGAUGGAUCGACCACUCAGCUUUGAUCAGAUUAGAAUAACAAAUCGCAAAUCAAAUGAACAGACGAAGGGACCAUCAUUCGUCCAUCUCUACACUCAACACAGAUACAUCCCGGUUCUGACAAUCUACGAAGGAGACCAGAUUGUCCACGUCUCCAAGAUUGACUACACUGGAUUCAUAACUGUGACGUCAUAUCAUAGUGCUGCACUGAACGAAUUCAAAACCAAUAGCAAUCCAUACGCGACGGGAAGUCGGCUAGAUCGUCGUCAGAAGCGAUCAUUGGCUUCAGGAGAAACGGAAAGCAGCUCCUUAUCAUCAUCUAAAAAGAUGAAAAAAGAACCAGCUUCCCCAACUCCAUCUACAUCUGAUUCAUCUGUUCCCCCAAUUCCUUCUCCAACUGGGGCAUUCCCAUUCCCAUUCAUGCCAAUGUUCCCAACUGGUCUCUUUCAACCAGAUCUCUUCCUCCAACAAGUUCAACUUUUCUCUCAAAUGACCCAACCUAUGUUAAUCAACCCAUUCUUUCCAUUAACUCUCUUCCCAACUCCCCCAAUCUCUCCCCCAAUCACUCCUGAAUCACCGUCUCAAAUUGUGACUUGUCAAGUCAAGAGUGAGCCGGCUGAGCCAUUAAAAAACGAUGUGACUAUUGAUGUUUAA